CAAAAACUUUUCAUAUUUAUAAAUAAUUACUUUAUUUAAAUUGUCGACAUAAAAUUGUAUUUUAUAUAAUACAAAAACGGGAUAAUCGAAAAGACUAGCCAGUUUUCUUGUUGAAGCCAGGCUCCUCUUUGAAUUUGGGUUUUCAUGUCCAUUGUUCUAUAUUAGACUUGGUUUUAAUGGCCUGUAGCUGUUGGGUUGCUUUUUUUAUUACUCGGCACGCGCCAUACCAUGGUUCUUUUGAUUCUUACGAUUUUCCACCUAGUUAUUUUUUUAGUUGGAAAAUCUUCGUAGUAGAUUUACCUCUUCACGGUUUGACAGCCAUUCAUAGAUGAUCUGCUCUUCCAAUCUCAUCUUAGUAGUUGCAUAGGAACCGCCUGAUUCUGAAGAAGUUGCGUUAGAUGUAAAGAAAUUAGAUCUGAUUCUGAUCUCCAGUUUUGAACAGCUUCAGCAUUGCGGAAGCGAAAGUGGAAAAUGGAAGGGGUAAAUGAAAAUGAGAAAGAGGAAGCACAAAAACGUUCAGAUCCGCCUGAAUUGGGCAAAUGGGCCGAACGACUGAUUGGAAUGACAGGAUUCAAGAUACGCUAAAGAAAAGUGUCAUUGCGGUGGAUGAUUUCCCAUGGAGAUUGCCCUCUCCACAGUCACACUCACACCAGCAACAACUCACGUAUGUGGGGGGAGUGGACGUCAGCUUCUCCAAGGAAGAGCCAUCCAUGGCAUGUGGGAGCCUCGUGGUUUUGGACCUCCAUCAUGAUCUGCGCCUCGUCUAUCAGGACUACACUUGCCUCACCCUUGACGUUCCUUAUGUCCCUGGCUUCCUUGCCUUCCGUGAGGCUCCCAUUCUUGUACAUCUCUUAGAGAAGAUGAAAAACGAUGCUAGUCCUUUCUACCCGCAGGUACUUAUGGUGGAUGGUAAUGGAUUACUUCACCCUCGAGGCAAGUUUAGUCUUUACUCUAUUAACUCCCCUUAUCACCUUCACUUACAACACCAACGCUAUGGAAACCCAAGUUUUGGUUUGGCCUCUCAUCUAGGUGUUCUUGCUAACAUUCCAACCAUUGGUAUUGGAAAGAACCUGCAUCAUAUUGAUGGUCUUACUCAAUCUGGGGUAAGAAAACUUCUCGAAGCUGAAGAAAACAGAGCCAAUGACGUUAUUACUUUAAGAGGCAGCUCAGGCUUCAUUUGGGGUGCGGCAAUGAGAUCAACUCAAGGUUCACUGAAGCCUGUAUUUGUUUCAAUUGGUCAUCGAGUAUCACUUGAUACUGCCAUCAAGAUUGUAAACAUGACAUGCAAAUUUCGUGUGCCAGAGCCUAUCAGGCAGGCUGAUAUAAGAUCCAGAGAGCAUCUUCGAAAGCAUCACAUUGGAAUGUUAGCAUGAUAUAAUUGCUAAAUGGCUUUUCUCAAAUAGCUGUGAAGGUCUGUUCUCAAAAGUUUUUGGCUAAUGUGGAAAGCAUCUAGGAUGUACUGGUGGCAGUACAGCAUUUGUCAGAAGUUAUCCAGUCUGGCAUUUAUUAUUAGAUUUUCGAAGCAGUUACAGGAAUCACGCCAAUGCGGGAGACACAGCCACACCAUUGACUUCCCAUAUAGAUGAUUAUGGAUCUGCAUAAAGUUGAGCCAACGGUGAUGUAUCAGUUGUUCCUAAUGCCGCCAGUGAUUGCUACCAUGCAUGACUUUUGAGUUCCUGACAGAUGGCAUUGUUGACCUGUGUUUCCUAUCCUGACUGUUAAUGCCCUUACCUGUCAUCACUUCUUGACUGGUGGCCGGAUGUUCAUCAAUUUGUCGCUAAACAAAAAGUCCAAGCACGAUGAAUGGUUCAUCAAUCAAAAGAAUUUAAUUAGAGAAAUCUUGUACUUUCACGUGCUAGGAAUACAGAGACAGCAUGUCAUUUUGCACGGCUCUUAUUAACUUGAAACGGGUCCUUCGUUCUCUUCCUUUAAUUGUAGAAUUCGCCAAGGCUUUUACCUAUGAUACUUUGUUGAUUCGUGAGUCCAAGUUCAGAAUUUGAAAUGCUGAAUAUUUUCUGUAGUUCGUACAUGUAGAUUGAACGAAUGAACUGAAUCGGAAUGGCAUUCCGUCAAUUUUUCACAGUAGUGUAAAUACAAGUAGUGAUUCAAACAUUCAGUCUCAAAGAUUUUGGGGAAGGAAAUCACGAUUGUGAAUUUGUAGAGUAGCUCAAAAUCUCAUGUAAAUGCUUAUUGAUUUUUCCUAGUACAAGUAUUUACCAA